AAUUAGUCUUCGUAAAUCCGUAUUUAAAUUAGGUUAAAUAUUUUGUUAAUAUUUUUGCUAGACGGUGAUAUUUAAAACUAUUUAAAAAAUAAACAAUUUGAUUCAAUAUGGUAGAUCCUAAUCGUAAAAUCAAUCGACUGACAGAUAAGGAUAUUCAGUUUUUGGAUGAAUGUCAAGAGGAAUUUGCAAAUCGUUUCACUGAUGAAGACGUAGAAUUUUCGAAUCACUGUUCUAAACCACUGGCAGAUCCGCCGAUAGUUGAAAACUGGGGAUUUGCUGGAACCGGUAAUAAUUACCGCGGCGGUGGACGGUAUAACCGUGGUGGAUGGAAUAAUCGCGGACGGGAUCGUGGUGAACGGGGGCAUCGUGGAGGUGGUGGGCCUUACCAAAGACAUAACAAUAGGCGCCACAAUGAAAAGGUCUAUGAUAGAAAUUUCCAUGGUGGCAGUGAACGGGAACGUAGUGACCGAGAUGAACGUCCACACCAGCCAAUGAAUAUACGACGAGACUAUGGGAACUUUGUUCCUGCGUCAAAAGAUUAGUAAUUAAAGAAAUUGA